ACAGGUGGUCAGUCAUUCUUCAGCCGAAAGGACUCCAUCCGAACCAUCUACACAUCUCUGCAUAAUGAGCUGAAGAAGGUGGUGGCAACGGGUCGCAAUGCACUAGGAGGAACAGCUCCUCACUUGGAAGAGCUGCUUUCUCACCUGUCUGAACAGCUCUGUUUUUUUGUUCAGGCUCGGAUGGAAAUUGCUGACUUCUAUGAAAAAAUGUACACGCUCAGCACCCAAAAGUUCAUUAACUCUGAGGAACUGGUAAACAUUUUGGAAUCCAUCUUAAAGAAAUACAGCUCAAGAUUUCAUCAUCCAAUCCUCAGUCCUCUUGAAAGCAGUUUCCAGCUGGAAGUAGAUGUGCUUGCGCACCUCUUAAAGGCUCAGGCUCAGAUCUCAGAGUGGAAGUUCCUUCCAUCCCUGGUCAACUUGCACACUGCUCACACAAAACUACAGACUUGGGGACAAAUUUUUGAGAAACAGCGAGAGACCAAGAAGCAUCUGUUUGGAGGGCAGUCUCAGAAGGCUGUGCAACCUCCACACCUCUUCCUCUGGCUGAUGAAGCUCAAAAACAUUCUCCUUGCCAAGUUUAGUUUUUACUUUCACGAGGCCCUUAGUCGACAAACAACAGCAUCUGAAAUGAAAACUUUGACUGCUAAAACAAAUCCUGAUUACUUUGGGAAAAUUUCCAGCUUCAUCCGGAAGUAUGAUGCCAUCAACGUUUCCUUAAUUUUUGACAAUCGUGGAUCAGAGAGUUUUCAGGGACAUGGUUAUCAUCACCCCCAUUCUUACAGGGAAGCCCCCAAAGGAGUGGAUCAGUACCCUGCAGUGGUGUCUCUGCCCAGCGACAGGCCUGUUAUGCACUGGCCCAAUGUAAUCAUGAUUAUGACUGACAGAACCUCUGACCUCAACAGUUUGGAGAAGGUUGUUCAUUUCUACGAUGACAAAGUCCAAAGCACGUACUUUUUGACUCGCCCUGAACCUCACUUUACCAUUGUAGUUAUUUUUGAGUCCAAGAAGUCAGAAAGGGACUAUCACUUCAUUUCUUUUCUCAAUGAAAUUUCACAUUCCCUUAAGAACUCCAAAGCUUUUGCGAGCUUGAAGCCUGGAUCCAAAGGGUAAAAUACAAACUACUUGCAAGUUGUCAAGGCAGUAUGCCAGCCUUGAAGGAGCUGUAGCUUUCAAGGAUUGCAUAAAUUCAUGAUUCUCAGAGUCUCAUUAAAAAGGAAGCAUUAUUUUUAAUGUUCUAAGUUCCUUUUUUUUUUUUUAAGCUAACAAGCACUUGAAGAAAAGUAUUUUUGGGCAGUGCUCAGUGGGACAACUUAAUUGUGGGGUGCUAAAUGGCCACAGUAGGAUUUUUUGUGUGGUUUCAGUAUGAUUUAUUUUUUCAAUCCAAAACUUCGUUGCCUGUAUCAGAAACGAAUAUAUGCACUUUAUCUUAGUCUGAUCAUUGACUGACUUCAGAGUUUAUUGAAAAUGUGGUGAGGAUGGAAGAUACUAUCUUUUCAGAAAACUGCAUUGCCUGACAGGGAUUAUUUCUGGGAACUAUACACUGAUAGAAGGGAAUAUUAAAAAAAGUGAACCUGCAAGAACAAAUUUGAAAUAAAAAUCUAAGAACCACAAAAGGCACUAUUGUUAAUUAACUUAGUUUUCAAAUGGUUUAAAAUGAUAAUUGAGGUCUCUGACACUCUCUGUUAAGCACCAGUCUCUAUUCUGAACACGCUGUGUCAUAAAGCUUUGUCAUUGCUCCAGAAUGCAGGCUGGGGCAAGCAAAGCUGCAGCGUGGGCUGGCAGGCCAGUAUUCACUGCAGUGUUGUGACAUUGUGUGUCCAGUACCAGUCUUGGCUUGGAUUAACUGAAGGAGACAAGCUGAGGUUGAGCAGGUAUUCUAGAAAGAACAGCUCCAUGGAAAAAGCAGCAAACCUCUCUUCAAAUUGUGCUUUUGUCAGGCUGCCUUAUUUAAAAAAAAAAAAAAAAAAGGCAGCAUGAAAUUCCUGUCUUAAAUGAGUUAUUUUCUAAUUUGCUGUUAGGGUCAACCUGGAUUUGUUUUCAGAUUUUUAUAAGCAUAUAGUUUUUUCUUUCUGUUCAGUUUUAAGUAAUUUCACAAUUAAGCCAAAUCGCUUUUGGAAUUUGGAUUUAAAUAUCUAGCCUAUGCAGUACAUUUACUUCAUUCUAAAAUGUCUUUUUCACCACUAACUUCUAGGCUCCAGGUUUGGGAAGAGUAUGUUUUCUAGGUUACCGUGAAAGUGCUUUAUUUGGGAAAUCAGUAUUUCCAAAUACAAUAAAAGGGUCAAUUUGGCUUUUUCAUUUUGUACUUGUAGCCUUAUAUUGCAUGAUUCUUCUGAGUGUUAGCUCUGCAGUUGUGCAAGCACUUUUCUGGGAGUUCAGGAGCUUUGAUAUGGUUCUGCUGUAUGAAGUAAGUGUAGUAAAGCCAGAGCCUUAGCUGACACUGUGUAAGGCAACAUCAGGUUUGUUUUAAAAGGGAGUGUAAGUCAAAAUGCUGGUUUCUGUUAAGACUGAAAUAUAAGCUACCAUUGUAGACAUAGCUUUUACUGAUUCCCUUUCUUUCCCACAAAAGGUUGUGGUAACUUGUCUUUCCUCUUGCUGCAAGUACCAAUUUCUUUAGAAUCACAUCAGCAUGUUCUGUUCUUGAACUGUAAGCUCUGACUUUACACUCUGCGCCAAGUAGAGCUUUCCAUGCUUUGCUAUAAUCAUACGUUUGUCUGUUGUGAAGAUCUGUGCUACUGCCUUUCACCCGAAGUCUUAGUCUGACUGCAGUAUCACUCAGAAGCUUAGAGACUGCUCUUUGCCAUUUGGGAAGUAACAGGAGUUGCAAAUAUCCUGGCAACUGGAGGACACGUGGUUGUAACAGCGUUACACUUUGCAUCUCGAGUCGCCCUUUUAACAGGACAGAGUUGCAAAUGACGGUAUUGAGAGAGUGGGACAGUGACUUUGUAAUAACAUUGUACUAUUGACUUCCUCAGCCUGGGUAACAGAAAAGAGGCUGUCACCAGAACCGAUUCCCAGUCUUCAGCAGUGUAAUAAAGCGUUGCACAAAUUGUGUCUGCCUCUGCAGUAUUUCCCCGUUGUCCUACCUGUCUGUGGGAAGGGAGGAGAGACCGCAUGUGGGUACAGACACCUUGCUCGUUUUUGAGUUGCUGGGGGCAUGUUGGAAGAGGUGAAAGAGAAGUCUGCUGGCCUUUGGAGCAGACCAGCAGCUUUUAUGGUUUGCUGAAAUGGCUGGAGGCUGUUCCCAGUGGUUUUUAUGGGGAGAGGAGAAGGAGACAACUCUGUUCAGCAGACCCAGUGGUUUGCUGCGUGCUCCUGCUGCUGUUUUUGGCAAGUAGCAUCUCUGGGAGUGGGGAAUGGAUGCUAGGUGAUGUUUCUGUGCAGGAGGAGGUGAGACUUGCUUUGUCCCUUGUUAGUGGUGGGGUUGUUUGCUCCAGUUUUCUCCGGAGGCUCUUGGGGAAGCAGCCAGAGGAGCCAUCUGACUUGUAGGCGAGAAUUUCUGAAUAUACAGGCUGAUCAAGAACCAAAGGGACCCAUAACCAUCACUGUCCCAUGGUGUGAGAAAGGAGGGAAUGGGAGGGACGUGCAGACAAAACGGUGGGAGAGAAUUGAGUGCUGGGGAGAGAAACUUUUGUGGAGCUGUCUCUGGGUUUCAGAGUCCCAAGGCUCUCCUUGCAAAAUCUCGGCCUUAAAUUAUUACGAGGUGGGGAGCAGAAAAUCCAUGCUGUUAGGAAGCGGCUUAGAUGAAAGCUGCAGGGGUGAAGCUGCAGUGAGAUAAACUGCACCACAGAAUCGAUAUCAAACUGCAGAACUGAGGUGUGCUAUGACCAAAAACUAAGUGUGGGUGUGAGUAUGUGUGUGUGGAGUGAGUAUUUGCAGAUUUGUUAGCUCCAUGCAGACUUACAGCACAGCUUCUUCUUGGAUGCUUUGAGGAGUUUACAUUUGAAAUGACAAAUGAGUUCUCUACAAUGUAAAAAUGGCUAGGGCGGUAAUGAAAAUCUGCCUGUUUGGGGGGAACAUAUAUGUGGAGUAAGUAAAGGUGACCAGAAACUCAGUAACUGGAAAAAAUUUGUUAUCAACUUCAGUACUGGAAAGACUGAUCAGUCUCUUUACCAUAAGAAAUGGACAACAAAUGCGCUUUUGCCAAGCUGGGCGAUCGUGUCCGGCAGCUUUUCCUCUCCUGCAAUUCAGCAAAGGAAGAUUGAAAGUACUAAUGUAUUUUAAAAGUCUUGUAUAAAUGACUGCUUUAAAUGCAAGAUAUAAAGAUGUUUAUGAUAACAUAAUGAAAACCAAUGCUUCCAGACAUAUAGAUACUGCGACUUGAUGUUCUUGGCACUACUCAGAUUGCAAGACUAGCAGUGUGGAAGCUUAUCCUGUAGCAAAUCUCAUAUACCUCAUUACUUACCGGAGUCCAUGAGGAUUCUGGCAGAACAUUUAGUGUAGUAUCCUUUGCCUGGAAGUGAAUUUGACAGCAAAUGUAUUCUCAGGUCUCUUACAUAUUUUAUAUUUACGUCUUGUAAGCUGUUUUCU